AUGCCAUCAUUAUUAUUCUUAAUAGCCUCGGAGAAGUCGGUGUGCCCUGCUGCUGCAGUGGGCCCGGGCCCGGAGGAGGCGCCGCAGCGUUUCCCGCCCUUCCAGUCGUACCCCUGGAGCAGCCUGGAGCUGCGCCACCUUAUGCAAGGCUUCCGGCCCGCACCGGGACCUGCAGCGGCUCCUGCAACCGUUGCAGCCGCUGCAGCAGCAGCAGCUGCUGCUGCAGCGGCUGCAGCGGCUGCAGGAGGGGCGGCGGCGGGGCUGUUCGAGCGCCCCCCAGCGGCGGCGGCGGCGGCGGCGGCGGCGGCGCUGUUCGGCGAGCGCGCGCGCGCCGUGCACGCGGACCAGGGCGCGGCCCUGAAGGUGGAGUCGGAGCUGCUGUGCACGCGCCUGCUGCUCAACAACGGCUCCUACAAGUGCGUCAAGUGCGGCAAGGUGUUCUCCACGCCGCACGGGCUGGAGGUGCACGUACGCAGGUCCCACAGCGGCACGAGGCCCUUCGCCUGCGAGUUGUGCGGGAAGACGUUCGGACACGCCGUCAGCCUGGAGCAGCAUAAGGCCGUGCAUUCGCAGGAGCGCAGCUUCGACUGCAAGAUCUGUGGCAAGAGCUUUAAGAGAUCGUCCACACUGUCCACCCACCUGCUGAUCCACUCGGACACCCGGCCAUACCCAUGUCAGUACUGUGGCAAGAGAUUCCACCAGAAGUCGGACAUGAAGAAGCACACCUUUAUCCACACAGGUGAGAAGCCCCACAAGUGCCAGGUGUGUGGAAAAGCAUUCAGCCAGAGCUCCAACCUCAUCACCCAUAGCCGGAAGCACACGGGCUUCAAGCCCUUCGGCUGCGACCUCUGCGGAAAGGGCUUCCAGCGAAAGGUGGAUCUGAGGAGGCACAGGGAGACGCAACACGGCUUGAAGUGAAAUGCCACCACUGUUCGGGAACCACCAACAACACUAUACUCUCCUUUUCUCUCCCCCUCUUGAUCUGUCUUUCUCUCCACUCUCUACCCUUCUCUUCCUUCCCCUUCCGCUCUCCCCUCUCCCCCUUCCAUCUCCUUCUUCCCCCCACCAGCCCAUUUCACUCGCCAUUGCUUCUCUGGACAAUCGGAACUCUUUAGCACUAUCGUUACCUCCUCUGGACUGCCCGGAAGGAAUGGCAGCAAGUCUUUUCGAGCUCGGCCCGCAGUUCGAACCGAACGGCUUGACGCGUUUUGGAAACACUGGACCGGCCUAAACUCCCGAAACCACAGAUUCAAGCGGGGUCAGGUGCAGCCCUGUCCAUCCCUCUCUGACCCCCUGUCCCUUAAAAAACUCCGUAGGUUGGAGGGAGAGGAAGAUGCAAGGUGAAUGAGGCGAUUGAACAUUUAUUGAGGAAGUGCGAAUGAAAGUAGCGUCCUUUUUGCUUUUGUGGAGUUUCCAGUGUUGGCACGAUUUUCCUUCAAGGUCACGGGUGUAGUGUGGAGGGCCAACCCUCCGUGAGUUUGCUGUGUGAUUUUGGACGUUGAACUCGACGAGGCAUUGCUUCUUUGACAAACUCCAAGAUGCACCUUGAGAGCUGAUUCCAGGCCAGCAAGGGAGAGAAGUUCGUCCGAAGGGUGGACGGGAGUUUCUCUGUUGGAAGAGGGGGAGACCAGCGAAGGACUUCUCAGGGAGAGUCCAAACCAGAGCAAAGCCUUAACCCUAGAAAUGCCCGUCAGUGGCUGCACACCCCUCAACCCCCCGCCCCCCAGGAAGCGGAGAGCUGAAGAGGAGAUGCCCGGGAGGUGGAUAAACCAUCCAUUUUGGCACUAUCGAUUUUGUCAUGAGUAACUGGAAAGUAGCUAAAAGGUUACUUAAAAGACUUGUUUGUACAUUUGGGUUUCUUAAAAAAUUUUUAUUCCUAAGCUGUUCUUUGACCUCUAGGUUGGCAGGAAUGUGUCAUCGAUCGAUUCUGCCUUAAAUACUCUUGCGCCGACCUUAGAGAGAAAAUGUGGUGUUUUUAUUUUGUCAACGUUUGUAAAAUGCCUUUAUUUAGACUUU